GCGAGGCGCGGAGAAGGAACAAAGCACCGGAGCUGCCAGGUGGCGAGGAGUGGGGCUGCCCCGGGGGCCAUGGGGGUGCAGGACCGACCCCAGUGCUUCUUCGAGAUCGAAAUCAACCGCGAGCCAGUUGGUCGAAUUAUGUUUCAGCUCUUCUCAGACAUUUGUCCAAAGACCUGCAAAAAUUUCCUUUGCUUGUGCUCAGGUGAAAAAGGAAUUGGGAAAACAACUGGAAAGAAGCUGUGUUACAAAGGCACCACAUUCCAUCGUGUGGUGAAAAACUUCAUGAUUCAGGGUGGGGACUUCAGUGAAGGUAAUGGAAAAGGAGGUGAAUCAAUUUACGGAGGCUAUUUUAAAGAGAAUGUGGUCUUUUGCAAAAUGAAAAGAACAACAAAACCUGCUCCUCAUCUCGAUGGUGUACACGUUGUCUUUGGACUGGUUAUUUCUGGUUUUGAAGUAAUAGAGCAAAUAGAAAAUCUGAAAACUGAUACUGCAAGUAGACCCUAUGCAGACGUACGAGUUAUUGACUGUGGGGUGCUUGUUACAAAAUCAGCAAAAGAUGCUUUGGAGAAGAAAAAGAAAGUGUGUUCUGAAUCAGAAGCUUCAUCAGACUCCUCCUCCAGUGCCUCGAGCUCUUCAGAAACCUCAUCUGAAAGUGAAGCUGAAAAUGAAAGAAGCAGAAGGAGAAAACGUAAAAGAAGAACGAAAACCAAACAAUCCAGAAAACGAAGGAAGGAGGAGAGAAAGAAGGAGGAUUCAAGGUGCAAGAGAAUCUCAAACCAAAGACGCAGCCUAUCUGACAAGAGUGAUGUAACAGAAAAAGCAGGUGACAUUAGCACAAAGAGGGACAAACCUGUGGUACGUCCUGAAGAAAUUCCUCCAGUGCCUGAAAACAGAUUUUUGCUGAGAAGAGAUGUGCCUGCUGUCAGUGUAGAGCCUGAACCGAAGAUUCUUGAUGCUACACCAGUUCUGACCAACCAGAAACCAUCAGUCUCUAAAUCUGGACGAAAAAUUAAAGGAAGAGGCACAAUAAGAUACCACACCCCACCUCGGUCACGGUCGUGUUCAGAGUCUGAUGAUGAGGAGAGCAGUGAGACCCCACCUCACUGGAAAGAGGAGAUGCAGAGAUUACGAGCAUACAGACCACCCAGUGGAGAAAAGUGGAGUAAAGGAGAUAAGCUGAGUGACCCAAGUACAAGCAGAUGGGAUGAAAGGAGUGCAUCCCGGAGAUCAAGGUCUUGGUCACACAAUGGUUAUUCUGAUCUAAGUACUGUGAGAUACUCAAGCCAUCACAAAAAACACAGGAAAGAGAAGAAGAAGGUGAAACACAAAAAGAAAUCUAAGAAGCAGAAACAUUUCAAGAAGCACAAGCAAAUGAAAAAAAAGAAAACAUCAGCUUCAUCAGAUGUGGAGUCCUCUCGUUCCUUCCGUAGGAGGACAAAGUCAUCUUGUGAUCGUGAGAGGAAAUCUCGUUCUUCUUCAUUGUCUUCCAGACAUUCAUCCAGAAGAGACUGGUCUAAAUCUGACAAGGAAGACCAGAGCUCAUCAACUUUAUCAAGCAGAGGUACUCGAUCACACUACAGGUCCAGGUCCAGAUCCAGAUCUAGGACUAAAUCAAGAUCGUAUUCCCGAAGAAGCUCUAGAUCAAGAUCAGCUUCUAAAUCGUCACGUUCUCGAAGUAGGUCAAGGUCAAGUUCCAACCCUGGGCAUCGAAAGAUAGUUCCCAGUUCUCCAUGCAACAUUUCAACACGAUUAAAUGAAAAUAAGUUGACCAAGACUGCUGAGCCUGUGAGAGCAGUUAUACUCCCAAGUGAUAAAGUUGUCAUACCACCCGUUGUCCCGGAAAACCUCCCUGUUAUACCCUUAAGUGAUAGCCCACCACCCUCAAGGUGGAAACCUGGGCAGAAACCAUGGAAGCCAUCUUACGAACGAAUUCAGGAAAUGAAAGCUAAAGCAACCCAUUUAAUACCCCCACAAACUAAUUACAAUUUGGUAGUCAUUAAAGAGGCAAACACUUCUUCCUCGUAUCGGAAGCAACAGAGGAGUUCCGAGAGCGACCGGAGCGGUUAUUCCAAGUACCGGAGUGACAGAAGCUCAGAUAGCUGGCCAAGGUCCAGGAGCAGGUCCUCUCGAAGCAGGUCAUACUCCAGAUCUUACACAAGGUCUAGAAGUCCAUCUAGCUCUAGGACAAAAUCUCCUUCUUCCGACCGAUCGCCGUCGCUGAGUAAAUACCGCAGCGACAGGUCGGGUUAUAGCGAUUCAACGUCUUAUUAUUCCCUUAGUGAUGAUGGGAGGCACAGAAGCAAAAGGAAAUCAGCAUCAAGUGGUCAGAAAACUCGGUCUCUUAAGCUGAGGCAAGAAACGAGCUCUGAAAGCACCCUCCCUUACACCUGUGCAAAAGACUAUGAUGAGUCCUCUCAGGGAUUGAAAGAGAGUGACACUUUAUCAUCUUCCGAUUUCUCCACUGACAGCGAACGUUCUGCCAAACCAAAAGCAGCCCAAGAAAAAGAAGGCCGUUUUCAACUGGAAGGAGAUGCUCAGAAACAGGAUAAAAACAGCUUCAGUUCUGAGAGAGGGGAGGAGAAAUCCAAGUGCGAGCGGGAUUCCGAUCACGCUAAAAAGAAAGCAGCUAAGGAGAAGUCUUCUGAGCAGCCUAGAGGUGGUGGAAAAACAAAACGAAAAUCCUACUCAGGUAGUAAAUGGGACUCUGAGUCAAAUUCUGAAGGAGAGGUGAGGCAUAAUAGGGGAGAUUCCAGGCCUUCCUCCAGUAAAGAGGAAGGAGAGGCCACAUCAGGAUCUGAUACAGAGCUUAGUGUUACCAAAAGGAUAAAAAAACAAUCCAAUUCUUCAGAAGGCUUUCUGGAUUCUGGUUGUACCUGGAAGACUAGCAAACAGUUGUCAUCUUCUGAGUCUGAGAGUUCUUGUUCCAGCUCAGCAAAUGUGAGAGGAAAGUCCAAAAAACACAAGCAUGGCUCGAAAAAAACUCUUAAAAAAUCCCAUUCCAAAAAAGCAAAAGAAAAAUCAAAAGGGAAAAAUGAAAAGAAGCAGAAAGUUCAGAAAAGAAAAGAAAUGUUUCAUUGGCAGCCCCCCCUGGAAUUUGGUGAUGAAGAUGAUGAUGAGAUAAAUGAAAAGCCAGUUAUCAAGGAUGAUAAGAAAGAAAAGGAGUUUACCAAGGAUGUAAAGGACAAACAAGUUAAUGAAAAGGAUGAAACAGUCAAAGAUAAAAUGGGAAAUGGUGAAAAGUCUUGUGUGGAUGAAAGCCUUUUAAGUAAAAACACCACAUGUGAUGCCUCACCAGAUUGCAGUAACCUUAAUAAAGAUAGUGUUGAAGUAACUGCUUCAACCAGCGUUUUAAACUCAGGAAUAAAUGUGAGCACUUGCAAGAAUGAGAUGGAGCAAGCUGAAGAAAACAACCAGAAUGCAUUGGAAGAUGUCAUUCAGACAGAUGACAACAUGGAGAUUUGUACUCCGGAUCGUAACUCACCAGGGAAGGUUGAUGUGGACAUUUUGUCUCCUGUCAUUCUCACCACUAAACCUCAUGCUUUAAGUGCUAGUGUCAACAAAGAUUUACAGGUUGAAACCCCUGAGCAAGAUGCUGUCAGACUAGGAAACAGUAUUGUGGACUUCAUAAGUAUUAAGGAACAGGAAACGGGGAGGCAAGAAAAUAACUCUGUCCCCUUGCCUAGUGCUAAAGAGAGUAGUUUAAAAAGUGAAAUUACUGAAAAUACACAAAGCAAUAUGGUAGAUAACAAAUGGAAGCCUUUGCAAGGGGUUGGUAAUUUACAACCAGCAACAAUUAGUGCUACCACGGAAGUUAAAAAUGUAACUUUAGCACCAGAGCCUAAACCAGCAGGUUUAAGAAUUGAAAUAAAAACUAAAAAUAAGGUAAGGCCUGGAUCUCUGUUUGAUGAAGUUAGAAAAACAGCACGGCUAAAUCGAAGGCCAAGGAACCAAGAAAGUUCCAGUGAGGAGGAAUCUCCAAGUAGAGACAACAGCCCAUCCAGGAGUCUCAGUAGGUCCCGGAGUAAAUCUGGAUCAAAAUCCAGGCACAGAACAAGGUCCCUGUCUUACAGUCACUCCAGAAGUCGAUCCCGAAGUUCUACAUACUCCUACAGGUCGAGAAGCUACACAAGAAGCAGAAGCAGAGGCUGGUACAGCAGAGAUCGGUCACGAAGUCGCAGUAGCUCUUACCACAGUUACAAGAGUCGUAGUCGAACCUACAGUAGGAGUAGAUCCAGAAGUAGUUCUUAUGGUCAUCACAGUCGAUCCAGUAGGUCAUACACAUAUGACAGUUACUACAGCAGAAGUCGCAGUAGAAGUAAAAGGAGUGACAGCUAUCGAAGAUCCAGAAGUUAUGAUAGGAGAUCCAGAUCUUAUGGCUCUGACAGUGAGAGUGAUCGCAGCUACUCCAACAAUCGAAGUCCCAGUGAAAGCAGCAGAUACAGCUGAAAACAUCUCCUUGAUGAUGGAAACCAUAUUUAAUCAUAAUUUUUUCAGUGUUACAUUGAAAAAAAAACAACCCCAACUGUUCUGCCAGCAGCAGAAGUGAAGUUGAAAGGUGUUCACUGAGUCAGCUGAAACUUCACCAUUUACCAGUAAACUCCACUGGCUGUUCACUUGUGGGGAGAAGUACUCAGCUCAAGUGAUUUUCAGUUUGUUUUCUUCUUUUUUGUGGUCAAAUGCUACUUUUACAAAAGAAGAGAAAUGAAACAACCACCAGUUUGAUGCCCUUGAGUUGGAUUUUCCAAGCCAUGACUGACACCCUGGUGAAUUUGCUGCCACCAGCUCUCCACAUGCAGCAAUCAGUACUGACUUGAAGUGUGUUUCUAAACACCUUAGGGCUUUCUGCCUCUUAAUGCUAAAGAUAUGCUAGCAACUAUAAAACUGAAGAAAACCUCUUCCAAAGGCAGCCAUUUCUAGUUUAAAAUGCCUUUUUUUUUUUAAUAAGUGCUGGAAGAUGGGUUCCAUGCUGUCUUGUUUGUUGGUCAUAUCUGCAGUAUAUACCCAACAGCUUGGUGAGGAGAACAAAAACUCUGUCUUAAUCCUGACUCUUCUGUGACAUGACAGAAAGCUGCUGAAAAAGGAGGAAUCUCCAACCCACUGGAAAUUAUCAAACUGACAAGCAGUGAGCAGAAGUGUGAUGAAGGAGGUCUUGAUACCCAACUUGUUUCAGCUUUUAUGUUUAAAAACAAAUUUUGGGAGGAACAGCAGAGUUCUGGAGAGUCUAAAAAAAGGGUUUCUAAACACAUCUUGAGUUGAAUUUUGGUUCAUAAUACAGUGUUUGGCUACUUCAACACAUAUUUUUUGAAGCUGAAUGUUGUAAACUGUUGAGUAUAUCAUGAGUUUGUUCUAAAUACUUUUUAAUUUUUUUUUUUUUGAGUGAACAAACCAUAAUGGUUCCUUUGUAAAAUUCCUGUAGCUGUGUCCCAUUUGUCACAGGGAAUAUCAGGUAUUGAUAUAGCAGAUAUUUGAACUAUAGAGUGCUAAGGUGAUAUGAUUACAGAAACACUGUAUGCCUGAUAAAAAACAUGGACAAUACUUUCAAGGUGAAGUUUAAUACCAAAAAUUACUCCAUGUUAUAGGUAAAUGGUUAGCCAAAAAAAAAAAAAAAUCCCAACCAAACCAUAGCAUUAAGCUGAAGGGCAGUGAGUAAUUUUAUGCAGCAUUCUGAUUGAGUUGAUUUUAAACCAAUUUGUAAAGUUUUUCAGUGUUUAGGAAGUUGUGUACUAAGUAACAGGUUUUUAAUGGCAUAAUAUAAGCUGAAAUAUGGGGUCUGUGCUGUAAAAAAAACAGACUACCAGACCUUCAAUAGAGCUGAUGCACACUGCUGUAUUAUAAUAGUUUUCAUCACUGAGUUUCUGUAAUAUCUUGAGAUGCUUUCAUUUUCUCAAAUGUUUUCCAGUAUUGAAAGUGGUUGCUUUGUUUUGUUGUUUUCUUUUUUUAAAAAAAAUCUCAUCAGGAAACAACAACUCUGCAAAUUGAAAGUGGCAACUUCUUGCUUGAGGUGUCAGUUGAUACUUCAUGUCUCUUUGAAUUAAAGCUACCCAGAGUUAGCUUUUGGGACACUUCUGAAAACAUGAAAAGAAAGUUCAGAGUGAAGUUUGAAGGCUUUCAGUGACUCCAUUUCUGUCCGUGAGCAGCUGGAUGAGACAUUUGUACACAGGUUCCUAAAACUUUGAAUUGAUCACACAGUUUUUUUUUUCACUUUCUACAAAAUUCUGGACUUCCUACUCUUGUAGUUUAAUGAAAAAGUGUGUGCAUGUAAGACUUUGGAAUCAAUAUUUUGUAAGCUUCUUAGGCUUUUUAACAUUAAGUACAUUUAUUACUCAAGUCAAUAUAGACUUACAGACAGAUUUCUUACAGUAGGAGCCAUUUCAGAGUCCUGAACAAAGAUUUCACUGCUAACUCAAGGUAAAGCUGCAGUUUCAGCUGGAAAUACAAACGUAACUUGGUUUUCCCCUUGCUGAGAAAAUAGAACUAGAGGGCUAGCAGUGUAACAAAAUAUACAAAAAUAAACAUGGGUAUUUAAUACUUAGUAGAGAUUUUUUUUUCCCCAGAAUCAGCCUUGUUCAUAUUUCAGGUUUGAGUUGACUUUUUAAGGUAAAAGUAAUAGAAACAAUUAGUUAGAGUUGCCUGAAAUUACUGCCAUGGCACCAGUGGUGAUUUCAUACCUUGAAUUCCAGCUUUAUAAAGAAAUUCUAUGAGAUGGUUGGGGAAGGAUGUGGGGGGAGGAGCAGGGGAAUAUUUUUAUUUAGUGAAGUCUAUUAAAUUGUGCUUCAGAUAGGAAAUAUACCCCUGAGCUUGUUUUCUAACGUUGGUCUCUGUUUUUGCAAUUUUGUUAUUCAAAAGUAGUUGCUGUUUGUAAAAUAAACUUUUUGUACAGA